AAAAACCUAGUAUGCUAAAUAAACUUCUUUCUUUCGUACAACAGUCGCAAAUAAUUCAGUUGCAGGAUAAAAAAAAUUUCAAUCAUCAUUCAGCAAAAUGGCCAAAUAUUUGAUGAUAAGUAUUAGUGUACUGGCUAAAAUUAUUCUAAUACAAGGAUUUUUUUACAAAAAUAUAAAAGUAUCAACGCGACUAGAUCUCUCGGGUUCAUUAAACCGUCUCUGCGGCGUCGAUGAGUCUAAUGACGAGGAUGAUUUGGCAACCUGUGAUUGCUUAGCCCGUUUAUCGGUAUCAAGUACAGUGCAAGCGGGAAAAUAUCACCAUGUUGCUAAUUACAACGAGAAUAAUUCAGCUGCAUUGACUGGUUAUGCAUCAAUCCAUCAAACUGAACCAGAUUUAUAUCUUGGGGGCCGAUCGCGGCUCAAAUUCAAUAAUGCGAAAUGUGUCAAAAAUGGUGAAACUAAAGAACUAAAAAGUCGUACGACUCAAGUAUUUCAUGUCAGUAGCCAGUUUUCAACAGGGACUGUACCAAACGAUUAUUUUACUUACGUUGUUAACGAUGUGAACUUGGUUGCUAAAACAAAAAUAGAUAUAAACUCUGAAAACGCACGACCAUUUAACAAAUUGAAAUUAGAAGUAAAUAAUACCGUAUUGUAUGAAUUCGACAAAGAUCUCGGUACAAUGUGUGGUGAGUCAUUGAAAAAAGGUUCCGUAGAAGAAUCGCUUUGGAGCAUAUUUAAUUUUACUUAUUUACAUGGCAACGGUUGUAAUUUUCCGAAGGAUCAUGAAUUUGAACCCACCAUUAAUGUACCACUGGCAGUAACGUUCGAUGAGCCACUGCAGUGUGGUGAUUAUCAGCUAUACUUCAGAAUAAAUACGGGUGAAUCUUAUUUAUACUGGUAUGGUUACAUUUGGUGGAAUUUAUAUCCUGGCAGUAAUUGUGUUUAGUCAUAUGAAUAUCAAAAAUAUAAAAAUAAUGAGAACAAUGUGAAGCUUCUUGUUAGAACCUGAUUGGUUAGUCGCAGCAUAGAGAUCCACAAUUUGAACGAUCACAUGAAUUUAAAAAUUAAAAAACAGUCAAAAACAAGAUAAAAAUUUUUUAAUUCGCCCUACAGUACAUUCUUGAGUGUAAUAAAAAUUAAUAAAAAAAAUCGUCUGACAAUAUCUUCGUGAGCGUCUGAUUCAUUUUUUCAGCGG